CGGUGCUGUCUGAAUGUGCGGCACCUUGUCAGACCCAACUCUGGCAAAACCAGACCGUCAAGACAGCCAGCACCGUCCGCCACAUACGUACAACCACACGCAUUUGCCCGCACCCACCCACACACACACUCUCUCUCUCUCCGUACAUGCACAUGGCUGGGACGUGGAGCGAUGUAGGUAUGCAUGUGUAUAGACCACGCUCCCGCACGCAUACGUGUAGACGUGGUUGCAGGCAUGCGUGACAGACGUAGACGAUCUCGCACACUCGCACGCGCCUCCGCAGCAGACGACAACACAGUCCCAACGUUUCGUGCUCACCCACACAUUCCCGCCCUCUUCGAGAUUCACGAUACCACCAAACGGGACAAGCGCUGUACUGUUCUGUAAUGCUCACAUGCAGCUUGCGCUCGUGUUUUGCUUCCGGCUCCCGCCAUUCGUGGUCUUGCCCGCUAGCCGAGGCACCAUUACGCCCGUCUUACACCCCAGACGCGAAUAAUACGCCCGUUUAUCCUGCAGCCUGUUCCUGGCUGCCACGUCGCUCGACGGUUGCGACUAGUGAGCAGAGGAAAAAUAAAACACGUCCUUCCGUCGCCGUCGUCCAUGCUCGCAACCACAUGAUCGUGUGGGCGCCGGCACCUUUGGCCUUUGCAGGGCCGGUUCGCGGCCAACAAGCUGAGCGGUUCCUGCACCGGACGAACCAGCCCAGGCGACAGGUCACGGCGGCCAGCGCAUCAUUCUUCACACGCUCGAACCACGAGAUGUGGGCUGAUGCAAAGUCUGGACUGCUCAUGGCCCGCCAGCUACACGCCCGCUCGAUCCCGGCGCCCGCACCGACGUCUGCCUUGCGAGCAGAGUCUGAUCGUCGCCAAAGGAACACAGGUCAAAGCAGAGAGAAAAGACGCGUCUGGCGGUGUGUUCCGGCGUCGUGGCCCCGGGAUCCGCCCGAAAUGUAAGGUCAGGCUACCGCAGGUACCAGAUGCCUCAGCUCUUUUUUUCCGACAGGAACCAGACUUUGCCCAUCAGCGAUCGCCGCCCUUUCUUUCCCCGGCGCGCGAAAUGUGUUGAGAGCGCCACGGGGCGGACGAAACGGGAAAAUUCUGUGGUUCUGUGAAAGCCUCAUUCUUGAGGCUGCACAGACGAUCUCUGACCGCCCUUUCGCGUGCUGCUUGUGCAGGGAGAAACGGCCAGAGUCAAGCCCGUCACCGCGCGAACGACGCUUUGCGGACGUCCAAGCGAGGACCGCGUGGGCGCACAACGUGCCCUUUGACCGAGGCCCAGGCUACGUUAAGCCCGCCGUCUCCAUGGCUCGUGGGCACAUCAGAUGACGGACAAACGCGCGACUCGUCUGGUUCGGCACUGGGUUGGUUCUCGACGCGACGCAGUCCUUCGAUCCAGUGAGCUUUGUGGCCAGACAUCGUAGCCGAUACGAAUGCAACCGCUCGUCUUGGUGCAUCGAGUCAUGAAUUCAUACGGCAGGCAAAAACCACUCAAGUUAGAGAAGGCCUUCCUAAGUCGUCCCGUGGCUUUGGUAAUCGCAACGUGGAUGCUCGGCACGAUCGCCCAAGUUCACAAUGUUCCGUCAUGUCGGCCUUGCGCUUAACCUGACUCAGGCCUCGACAUGAAGACGGUGGAAUGGCCGCUGCUCACGAGGAAUCAGAAACGUCGAGGAAAGCGAUCGAAGGCUUGACCAAAGUGCGUCCUCAAUUAUCGCGAGAGUUACCUCGAGCAGGAAGGCUCGUCCAAGAGUGUACUUGGAUGGCUUAAAGAAACAGAAUUAAAAGCACGGUCAUCCUAUGGAAAAUACAAUCCCAUACAGCACUAAUUGAUCCGUCCUUGUUUGACCUGUGCCUCCAGCACAGCAUCCUUCUCAGGGCUUUACUGGAUGGGAUCGCUAGCAGCACUGUUGAUUGGAUCCCAGAAAGAACUCAUGUCCAUCGUACCUGACGUGUCUAUGAACCCGCCGCCGCCGCCGCCGCCAACCGAUCCUCCACCAUUCCAUCCUCCGUUCGCCGCGUUCUCCGCGCGUAAGACGGCGUUGGUCAGCUUCAGCGCGCUGUUGAGGAACGCCAGACCCGACGAGCUUUUCCUGCGCUGCGCAGUUUGUGGUGCCGGCGGCGGCGCCAGUGUCGAGACGGGACGUUGCCGCUGGGGUUGUGGCGACGGCGCUCGUGCAACGGGCCUGGGUUGUGGUGCCGAUAGAAAUCGUGAAGUGUUUGACACGGGUUGUUUCUGCGCUCGUUGCUGUCUUGCGCGCUCCUCGGCUUUCCUGCGCUCCUCGGCUUCCCUUCGUUGUUCCGCGGCCUCGAGUGCCUCCUUGUAUGCUCGCGCUUGCGUGAUCUGCCUGUCGACCCAUUCUGUCCCUUUGGCCUCCGGGUCGAUGUAGAUCAUGUCUGGUGGAAACCCGCACUGCGCGUGCUGCAAAUCUGUUAUACGCAUGCCGUCUUUGUUCAUGCAAUCUUGACAGAUAUCGAAGUCAUCGCAUGAUACGCAACGUAGGUGGCCGCUCAGUUCUUCAAAGAAUUGCUCUGUUGACGUUAGGGAUGUUCCCGCUCAUCGCGACGGCAUCUCACCUUUGCACAGAUCGCACGUGCGCGUAGCUUGCCUGAUCAAUGUCGUCUCCCAAAAGUCGUCCUUUGCGGAUGUUCUUCUCAGGAAAACACGAAUCAUCUGAUGAGGAUGCUCAAAUGAUCCAGUUUCGUAACAUGAGGCGCAAACAUUGUGCGUGCAAGUCACACAAAAGUACGUCUUUGCGUCUUUCUCGAAAACUACGUGGAUCAGCCGUUGCGAAAAGACGUCUGCAAGAGAAACUCAGGAAGAAGUGAACAGCACCUACUUUUGUAGCAGAUCCCGCAGCCUUUCUCUCCGUCGUGCGUCUCCUUGGGUGUCAUGGGCGUUUGAACUAUGCUUGGACCACUUGUCAACUCUUCCAACACUUCCUUCCAAUCCCCAGCAACCUCCCCGAAGGUUUUGAUCCGGUCGUUCGACGGAUCCCUGAAAAAUCCAGAACAAACACCAGGAGCAUAGCAAUUCAUGGAGAAGUAAACUAGUCCAUCGAGCUCAUGUGGUCGACCGUUGGUACAUAGCAGAUCGAAUUCUUGAUCCAGCUGGAUAGAGCAGUCUCGCAAGUCAUAUGAAUAAGCACCGCUCUUUAACACGAUCAGAUACGAUGUGCCGGGGCCCAGGGCCACAAGCCUUGGACCACCUGUACUAUAUUCAAACUGCUCGUUGUCCAGGAACGAUCGCAUAACUGAGGGAAGCUUCUCGUAAAUGAAGCCGCCUCUGUCAAAAGCAAAGAAGCAUCCGUUAGGCCCCAAAAUAACUUGAAGUGACGGUAUGUGACGCUUGGGAUUUUCAGGAGGCCCGAUCCAUUCUCUUAGUUUAGGAGGGAGGCAAGAAUACACUGGGGGAUGAAUUAGACCUUGGAAAUGACACCUAGGAGGCCCAUCACCUUACAGCAUUUAUCGGCACCUUCGUGGUCUACGUAGCCUGCAUAAUAGAUUCCAAUGUCACCUAAAGCUAU